AUGGCAAACACUCAAAGCCUCCUGGACUAUUUGAUGGUGGCACCUCCAGGCCUUCCUACUGGAAACACGAAGAAAACGCCUAACACGACAAAUGACCAAUAUAACUGGAGGCAGAUCAACAGUGUUGGUGAAUGGCCCGAAUUCACCUACGUCCAUAUUAUCCAGCGUCACGGAGCCAUGCUUCAACAAGCACAAAUUGCGAGCGAACCAAUGCCAAACUCUCCUCCGCAGCCUAUAAACACUGAGCCGAUGUUCGCAGUCCGUUUUAAUAUAUAUAUUCAAUCUCGAUUACGCCGUGCACUGCGAGCUGGUUUCCAGCACCUUGAACCACAACUCGCCGAUUUGCAUUUAACUUCCAUCACAGUUGACAUAGGUGAUGCGGCGCAGAUUAUCAAUCAGUUCAGACCAGAUAUCGCCUUUUUUCGAGCCAGUAGUACGCCCAACACCUCUCCGAAUCGCUGUCCGGGAGACUUGAAGGUGUCAUGGAAAUGGGGGUCUGACUUGGCAACAUCAGAGGUGCCGGAAGAUCGCACGGAGUACCGUCAGGUUCUAUCACAGGUCAACUUUUACAUGAAACAGCACAACGCACGUUAUGGCUUUGUUCUAACUGAUACUGAAUUGGUCCCUAUCAAGAGACUCGAUGCAAAUGGCAACCUGUUGGUAGCACGGGCCAUACCAUGGGAAACAGCAGGGCCUGGACGUUUGACAAUUCUGCUUGGGCUUUGGUAUCUUGGUAUGUUGAGCGCCGCGGAUCAUGACUGGCGGCUUCCAUAG